AUGGAGCGAUUGAAUCAAAUAGAUCAAUCUGAACACUUUCCCUCUGAUACAUUUUUCGACCAGAAUUCCUUGCAACAAAUUCAGCAAAUCGAUCCUACGGCGGCUGAUCUUACCUCCGUCCCAAAUCCCGCUGUCAUCGAACAGCUGACUCGUCGAUGGUAUUGUGGUUGUCUCGAACGUACAGCCUGGUCAAGGCAUGGACACAUCGCUACGAUAUCUGAUGACGCUUCCACCGUGUAUGUGGAAUGUCUUCGUUUCGACCAUGAUUCCAAAACAUGGUGCUUGAAUGGCAGACAUGCCUUGACCACUCUUUUCGAAGAUGCCACCAGCCUAGCUUGGAGUUCAACUGGAGGAGAAUUGGCUGUCGUCGAUGUCAAGGGCAGAAUCUGGAUUUACCACAACUCUCUUAUCGCCGUCAAUCGUCUGAAUCUUGCUCGUCAGGGUGCUCUUGAUGAAGCCGAUGAACUCUCUCAGCCUGUCGGUAUGGCUUGGUUGAAUCAAGAUCGGCAAGAAAGACCAAGAAAUGUGGUACUCAAUGCCGCCAAAACUGAAUCUCGAUGGGUACAUCAUAAUGCAAGAGCAAAACCGCUGGGACCCUACUGGCAUCGAGCUGUUGUCAUUGUUCACCGCAAUGGUCUCUUGACCCUAUGUUUUCAGAGAGGCGACGGCCAAUAUUCCAAAGUCACAAGGCAGCUCUGCCCAUCAGACAAUUCUCUUUACAGUCAUGCCAGCUUUGCUCCCACUGUCGAAGGCAAAAUGCUGGUCGUUCUCCAUUCAUUUAAAGCUCUAAUAUCUGUCUACUUUGUUUCUAUUGACUGGACCGAAGUCAAACAAGCUGUCGAGGGUUUACCAGUCUUGACAGUGGAAUGCGUUUCAAGUAGAGUCGCCUCGCAACCAUCGGGAUCCUCCACCCUGGGCGAUGUCUAUGAUCCAGAUUCCUGGUCUCUCAGUCAUCUUGAGGUGGUACAAACAUCCGAUGUGGAAAAGGCUGUCCAAAUACCACCGACAAUUCUAGCAGUGUCAUCGGGUGUAAAUCGAGCGAUCAACAUAUCGGAUUCAGGUUUCCUGGCCUCUAGCAUGAUCAAAAGAUGGACAGUGGCUUCGGUGGAACAGAAACUGCAUCCUCUUUUUGAUGAAUUGCCUUCCAAAGGCCCUAGCACUACUCCAUCUUCAUUUUACACGCUGCAACUGCGACCAGACAAAGAGGAACAGGUGAUUACGACAAUUCAUCAUGUGGACGGAAAUCCAGUGCUGGUGGUAACCAUGCAAGAUAAUCGCACCGACUUCUUAAGCUCAGAAGACCUAUCCCUAGUGUCCUAUACCGGCUCGGCCACAGAGACUUCGUCAAUGUCUCAAUCAGGGUUUGCCUUUCCAUAUUCUACGAAUACUUUCAACCCAAGUUUUUCGCCAAAUGCUUGCGUCAGAGUGGAAUUCUCUUCGGACGGAAAGACUCAAUUAGCGAGUAUGGAAUACCAGCUGGGGCAAGAGCAAUCACAACAACCCCUCGACCCAAGCCUUGACAUGGCCGUGGCAGCUCUGAACCUCGCCUUUGCUCGGGCUUGUUGGUCGAAUGCAACAAUUGAUGACGUUCUGAUGUGUGCUUUGCACACCGUCCCCUCCGAAACAAUCCCAACAGUUGUUUCAAGUAUGUAUCGCACUCUAUUUCGGGACACUGAGUUUGUGAACGAGAAGACACCGGGUUCAGAGUCUGAACGCAUCUACCACAAACCGGUCGUGGGAAAAGUCCUGGCUUAUCAUGCCGGUCUCGCUGCUUAUUGCCGACAGCUUCCUUCAAUGGCGUCUACCGAAGGACGAAAUGGCUGGUCUCUGAGUGCACAAUGGGCAUGGUUGGCAAACAACAUCCGUCAAACAGCUACUUUGCUGUUUAUGAAUCUGAGAGACGUACAAAAUCUGAAUCUGGUCAUGAAUCAAGAUUUUACAGAUAUUCUCUGCUCCAAUCUUCGAUGGGGCUUGUCGGUCAUUCGAUAUAUCUUCGGCACGAUUUUGGAAGUAGGUGACCGUGAGACAAAUCCGGAAAUGUUUGACGAAAAGGAUCAUGGCAGAGCUGGAGACGUUCGGGGAGACGGUACUCAAGGUCUUGUUGCUCUGCUUCUCAAUAUACACUGCUCUCGCAUUUUUCUCAUUGCAUUUGUCAGAGCCGUGAGAAUGUAUGCUAAAACGGAGCCAAAAUCAAGACACCAAGUCCAGGUGCUGCAGUGCAUUCAACAGCACACUACGGGAAAGGGCAUAAGUUUCGCCGCGAUUGAAGCCAUUCUGGAAUGUAGAUGGGCGGCACAAGGCGAUGUUGAGGGCGACCCCGCCACGACUGCCGCGAGACAGCUGGACAUGAUGGCUACAGGGAUCGUUCAUGAAUCAUAUCAGGGAACGAUCAAGAUGUUGCUGAGCAAGCUCUUCAAUAUCCCAGGAGGUCUACGAGCGAAGAUGCUGAUCGAUCGGCUGAAGCUGUUCACUGAUUGCAUUGAUCUUGAACAUGUGUUUUUGAACAACGAUGUGCUUGGCCAUCGAAAUGAUGAGACAAAACAAGCCUCGACUAUCUAUGACAUACACCGAAAAAGGCCAAUCUUAAAGGGUAUACCAGAGCCAAACGGCUCCGGCGAGCUGAUGAUACGAAAGUGUGUCAGAUGUGGUAGUUACAGCGAGGACAUGAGCAUUCCACCUCGAGAGUGGCCGAGACAAGUUGGAACUCUCCUGGCGAGAUGCGUUUGUGAUGGCAACUGGAUCAUUGAGCCCUGGGCACGAAGCCGUAAUUGA